AUGGCGAAGCGACCUGAUGCCAAAGCGCGGCUUCUCUGGCGAAGCGAGCUGGUGCUUAUCGACGGUACGCGGCUACCAGGGAUUGCUAUCGUCUCUUACGCCAACCCUUUCGCCAGAGCUAUUGCAGCUGCUCACAAUCAUGUUCAUGCCAACAUGCACGAGGCGGAAGCCGACCUGUGCUUGGCCCUCGAGAUGCUGCGGAACCAGCCACUUCACGUUUCUGCCGUGACAGACGAUCGAGGUUCCGCUCUCGUGGUAGGAGCGACGAGUCAAAAGCAGAUGCACUGGAUCGCGAGCGGGGAGGUGCGUGUGUACAUUGAUCCACGAGAAUCGGCGACAUGGAGCUUCUUUCAACGCAUCUUUUGCUUCGAUGCCGACUUUGUCCAGGAUGCGGGUCAACAACGGUCCACACAGGUGGUCAUGGUUUCGCUUCAACCUUCUCUGCUCGCUUCUUCAGACAGUGCUUGCGCAGCGGAUUCAUUUGCAUAUUCUACCACCGGCCAUUCCGAAUAUGCUAUCUUUGCACAGCCAGUCUCUGCAACGGAAGACACGGGGCCGUCUAUUGACGUGAUGCCAGUUCGCCUUGUGCUGGGUCGGAGGGUAGCAGUUCAGACGCGUAGGACGGACACAAGUCUCGCAAGCAAGGAGCUAAGCAGAUCGCGAAGCUUUCAUCGACAACCCAGCGUUGGGUCGCAGACCCUGCACGACGUGUUCAGCCAAGCAGGGCUUUCGCUUCCGGCGUUUGGCGGUGUGGCAGCAAGAUCGACGAGUGCCGGUCCGCGUCCUGACGAUCCGCUUCCUCGUGGAUCUAUCUCGGCACUGCUUCAAGCUCGAUCGAAGCGAAAACCCAGCCAUACACAGCGUCACAGAGCGGCAUCACCUGUGACAACUUCAAGUGCGCUCUCGCUCCCCGCUGUCGGUACACCUUCACCAGGUCAGCGCAACGAGGAACACCAUAACAGUUCCAGUCGCCAAGUCGCCGACAGCCAGCUUAGCAGCGACCCGAAGGAUGCCAGCGCUGUUUCACCUACGAGAGCAAUCAGGCAUCGAGCAGAUCGCAUCCUUUCAGACCUGCCCCGCCUCAACCUCGGCAAGCAACCGGUUCGAGCUCUGCUGCAACAGCCGCAAGGUCGCAGCAACCUGCUUGACGUGGAACCGAUCAAGGUGGAUUCUGCCUCGCCUGAACCUUUCCUCGCGCUCACCAAGACUGCACUUGCCAGGUCCUCCACCUCGCCCGCCAACGAUUCUACCAACAUCGAAAAGGUCAACCGCAACACGAUCAAGAAGAUCGUUCAUACCCUCCUCAUACGCGAACACAACCUCUCGAAAUCGCACCCAGACUACAUCGCCACUUACAACCAAACUUGCUCAGGCACCUGGUGCACUUUUCGCAACGUCGCCUCAAUCCAACCUCUCGCCAAGGACGCAGUCGAAAACGUAGUUCGCAUUCAUCUAUCUUUGUACUUGUACUCCAGUCAAUCAUAA